UGUUUAUUCCAUGUCUACUUGAACGUAGCACCGUAGCGUCCGCAGAUAAUUUCGUUAUGGUAUUUGUAGUCUUUCAAAGACGGAAUCAAAAGUAGUCACGAUAUUUUAAACCACAUUUCCCAGAAGUCCCCCUAGUGGAUCGGCGAACACGGAAGAGGGGUCUUGUACAGUUAAGCUGAGCUCCAGUGGUAGACGAGCGGCUCCAGUUCUUGAGGUCAGCCCGUAACGGAGACAUUCAGACCCUGCUGCCAGCACUGAACCUCCUCCUCUGACCUGAGACCCCGAGCACAACAUCUCCCACACAGACAUGGCCACUCUGCGGUUCGGACAGCACGUGAUCAAGGUCUCCGCCGUGUUCCUGCAGACGGAGCUCUCCUUCGCGCUGGUCAACAGGAAGCCUGUGGUGCCUGGUCAUGUGUUGGUGUGUCCUCUGAGGCCGGUGGAACGCUUCAGGGACCUCCUCCCAGAAGAGGUGGCCGACCUGUUCAGCACCACACAGAGAGUGGCCUCGCUGGUGGAAAGGCACUUCAACGCCUCCUCGCUGACCAUCUCCAUCCAGGACGGCCCUGAAGCCGGCCAAACUGUGAAGCACGUGCACGUCCAUAUCCUCCCGCGGAAGGUUGGCGACUUUGAGCGGAACGACAGCGUCUACGAUGAGUUGCAGAAGCACGAUCGGGAGGAAGAGGACAUGCCUUCAAAGUGGAGGACAGAAGAGGAGAUGGCUGCAGAGGCUUCGGAUCUGAGCAACCAGCUCCACUAACGUAGACCCAAACACAUUUCACACCAAGAAUUGAGAUAGGCAAUGAGCCCAUCUCUGCGUUGUCCAUUCUUUUGACAUAUGCAUUUGUUUCUGUUUGGAUAUAUAAGUUCAGCUUGAUGAGUCUGUUCCUCAGCCAUUGGAAGAUGUGCUUCUGUCUUCUGCUUAAGUAUAAACUGCUUUGAUCUAGUGAAUUCAUUCAGCUCCAAUUUGAAUUUCUGAUGUAUUGUUGACCUUACGUCAAAACAAAAACAAGAAAUAAAACGGUAAAGAAUAUCAAGUCUGGUUUAUUAUAUAUAUCUAUAUAUAUAUAUACCGUCAUCAUGAAUAUCCAUGUUUUAUCCAAUUAUUGUCUCAAAUCUAUUCAAAUAUCCAUGCUUUAUUUUUAAUAAUAUAUUAUAAUAAUUGAUUUAAAAAUAUUGAAAUAAAUACUGGUCUGUUCACAUUUAUAUGUUAAACUUAAGUCAAUUGAAUAAGAAAUCCAUAAUUAUAGCCGCAAAUCUCUGGGAUUGUGGAGCAACCUUGAUGUGAGGCAGCGUUAGAUGUCCAACCGCUUCAGAUGCCCGCUAGGUUUGGGAGCGCGUGAGAAGGACACAGAGCGGAAGAACAAGGGGACAUGUGUUGGAUAAAUAGGAGCAGCUGCUCUAGAGUCUGCAAAAUUAGGAAGAGAAUCCGUUGUGAUGAGCACUGCCUGACAGACUGUAACGCUUUAAUCAUCCACUAUAGAGACGUUUGAGAUGUUUAUGCCAAAUGAUGGCAAAGAUAUAUAAUUAUUUAUUUUUUACAUUUUGUACCAAGGGGGGCAAUAAUAUUUAAAUAAUUAUUUGUUGUUGCUUCAAAUGCUCUGUUAACAUGUUACGAGGGUGGAUGUAUGGCAAUCACACUUGAUUGAUUCCUUGAGUCUAAUGGUAAUAGCUCACUUCAGAUUUCUAUCCAACCUACAGUUUUUCUCUGCUCGGUUAUUUAUUGCACUGCGCUGAUUGUUCAACCUCACUGCUGAGUCACUUCUGAUAGAUCUUCAAACGCAUGCAUGUCCAAUGUCAUAGAGGAUAGUGGCAAAUCAGACUUCCAUUUAUUAUAUAUAUCCGCUCCACUUCUAAGAUGCCAUGUUUUCUGUCUUUUUUUGUGCAGAACGUAGCACAAGUCUAACACUGGAGAAGAACGUGUGAUCGCUAAAGGAGUUCUGUGCUAAUCUUGCUGUAAGAGGCACCCCUGCAUCUUAAAACAAGAUUACUAAGCAUGAGAGGUUCCUAAAGGGCAAUCAUUCAUCUCUUGGCAUGAAAUCUAUCAGAUGUGGGGCUUGAGCAAUAAUGGAUAACAGCACUGAGAUGUUAAAACCAUAGCUUCGUUUCAAAGAGCAAGGCCCUAUUCAAAUGAGAGAUUGCUUUAGCAUGCAUGCUAAAGUGUGCACAAACGAGUCAUCGCAAGUAAUUGAUGGUAAUGUGAACAAAUUAGUGUGUCUAGAUUUCACAGUAGGAUAUCAUUACAAUAUAUUAGAAUUAAUGGGUAUUGUAGUAUAAAGCUGAGGUAAAUAGCAUGUUCUCUGGACUGGAAUUGUAAUUAAAACAGAGGUCUAGAUUGUAUUAAAUGGUCACCCCUGUAGCAUUCAUAAGAUAAUGAAGAUGGUUUAAUUGUCAUGCAAUAGCUUUUUCUUCCGACUAUGGACUGUUAAGACUUCUGCCAAGUUGCAAUGCAUAAUUUGUUGGUACUCCUUCCGUACUCCGUCAGUACUCCAUGUUAUCUCCGUCGGUGCUCCGUCAAUACUCUGUCAGUACUCCGUCCACCGUCCUCUGUCGACUAUUGUCGGUAUUCUGUACUCAGUCGGUACUCGUUCGGUUCUCUAAACUGCAUUGCGCCGUGAUGGUUCACAUGUAUCCUAACCUCAUAUUCCGUCUAACGGUUCUACGGUCUCUUCCUCAACGUGGGUUUGGUGGUGAUUGAAUGUGAACCCUGAUCCUGAGUAACCAGACCAGUCGGUCCAAAUGAGCCUGGCCCUACGAACUCGAUCUGACAGCACAGUCUUCUUAGUCCUGAUCAGCCCUAAUGAGAAUUAUGUUAAAUAAUAUAUUAUUUUACAUAAAUUAUAUAUUAGAAUACAACAGCAAUAAUUCAAAAGUUGAGACAGGAACAAUUUUGCAUCUUUAUGUCUGUCGUUAAAUAUGUUUUUAGCAUGCUACUCAAUGUGCUCCGGUCAGAAUGUAUAGUGAUUGGAUGAAAAGAAUACUUUAGCUUAUGUCUGGUGACUAAAGUAAGUCAAAUGCGUGUUCUGUUUAAAUGUUCUUACAUCCCAAAUGACUCCCACAGGAAAAAAGCCCAGUUACCGUGUAUUUUAAUCGCUGAUAAUAAUCAAAAUAAUUCAAGCCGUACCUUGGUAGCCAUUUCCUAAUGAACAGCCAAGCACCUCAGAAACUCUUAUAGCAAGAAAUGUAUAGCAUUUUCAAAAAAGUAUUUGAUUUAAAUUAAAGAAAGUAAGAACUGAUUACAGAAGAUAGCAAGUAGGGGAAACCUUUGAAUUCCCAAGUAUAUCUUCAAAGCUGCCUGAAAUUAAUUAAAACUGCAUUCACUUAGUCUACGUUCCGAGCGGUCUAAAGGGGGCCUUACACCACUUAUCUACCCACUAAUGCCAGAGCGAUGAUGCAAGUAGUUCCGGCAUGUGAGGAAGUCCUGGGAGCGCAGAGGAAAGAUGCUUUCACACUGUGGAGACCAAAGAAGACUCAGAUAUGGGCCACUUCUGACAAGCUAACUAGACAAUGCUGUUCAGAUGACACAUACAACUCCUACACUGCCCUCCUGUGAAGGCUGUAAGUGCUGCAUUGUCUUAACACACAGCACUGGUGGAAUGACUCCAGCUCUCAAAUGCACUUAAGAAACAUUCCGCCUUCUGAAACAUCUAUUUAACUGUUUUUGUUUAACAAAAUUCUGCUCUUUGUACAGAAUUUUUUAGUAGUUUAGUUUAUUUAUCUACUUUAUUUUAAGUAUAUUUUGUGAGAAGGCAAACUAAGAAUUUCCUUGCCCAGUGAAAAAUAUGUUUCCAUUGUGUAUAUGACAAUAAAAGAUCUUGUAUCUUGUA